UGUAGGCAGCAAGCAUCCCAGCCAAAUUCUGCCUAUAAAUUACAGCAUGGCUAUGAAUGGCAUAGUUAAGAGUGAAAUGGAGAAUUCUUAUGACAGCAGCAUUGCUCAUAAAUCAAAGGAUGUUUCUCUCAAAGACCUCAGCAACAGGCUUGCCGAGUUUGCUCAUGUUAGAGGAUGGGAUCAACAUCAUAGUCCAAGAAAUCUCCUAUUAGCACUAGUGGGAGAAGUAGGAGAGUUGUCGGAGAUAUUCCAAUGGAAAGGGGAAGUCGGGAAAGGACUACCAAAUUGGAGUGACGAUGAGAAGGAACAUUUAGAAGAAGAGCUGUCGGAUGUGCUGCUUUACUUGGUUCGCCUGGCCGAUGUCUGUGGCCUUGAUCUCGGCCAAGCUGCUCUAACCAAGAUCAUCAAGAACGCUCGCAAGUACCCCGUUGCUGUUAUCAAUCAGAACUCUAUAUCUUCUUACAACUAAGGACCCCAUCUUCUUUAUCAUAUUCUACUUUAUCAAGUUUUGAGACUUUUCGAGUUGAUUUUUGUUUGAAUCUUACAAGCCCAACAUAUGAGUAUGUUUCUUUUCGG